UUCCCCUUGUUUUCCAAAAAAGGUAGUAUUUGUCAUGGCAUCACUGCGCUGCUCUGCACGUCAUCACGGCGCGCAGCUUCGCCAUUAUCUUCCUGUCCGGAACUCCCAUCUGCACCUUCACACCCCCAGUAAAUCAACCAUAAUGUCCGCUGAGAAGUACAUCGUCGUCUUCAAGCAGGGUGUCUCGAAGGACCAGAUCCAGAAACACGUCGAGCAGGUCAAUCAGAAUGGUGGCGAGGUCCUCAACGUUUACGACUCCAUCUUGAAUGGCUUCUCCGCCAAGAUCACGCCAGAGCACUUGCAGUCCUUGAACAGCUUCGUCGGCGACGACAUUGACUACAUCGAGCCCGACGGCGUGGUGACGACGCAGUAAUCGGACAACUAUCCUUAUCGAUCUAACGUAUGCGGACGCGCAUAUUGACUGCUUGUAUGAACCCUUGUAUCUGUACGUGCUAUAGGAAGAGGAUGGAAUUUGCUGAGUAACUUGUACGAGCGCGAUGAGAGAUCUAACACUGGUGGCGCG